UCAACUAACUUCUACAUUCCCCUUUUGUCCAUCCUUCUAAAUCUCUCCUCCUUUUAUUCUACUACAGAUAAAAACUACUUUCUUCUCUGUGGCUGCUUUCUUUCUUAAGAAAUUGUUGCUGGUUCACUAACAAUGGCUGCAGCGAAGGUACAGGACGAGCGUACUACAAGCAAGAAGGCUAGGCUCCCACCAAAAAGAGGCCAAAUCAAAGUCAGGGUAGUUUCCAGCGCAUUCAAGAAGGCAAUGGGGGCAACAAAGGCGAAGGGUGAACUGACAGGCGAAGGCAGGAAGGCUAGGCUCCCUCCAAAAAGAGGUCAGGUUAAAGUCAGGAUGAUGUCCCUUAUAUCUGCUUCUGUUUCAAGACUAGCAUCAAAAGUAGGAAAUCUACUGAAAAGAAAGAAGAAGGUGGCAUCAGAGGAAAUGCAGCGUCAGCAACAACUGAAAAGGUGAAAACAGAGCAGGCAUAAACAAUUUCAGCUUAGCUUGAGAAUGUACUAAAUCAAUGUAUCUGAUCUCUAGAAAAUUUCCCAUGUCUCAUUUUCUCUGUUUUUCCUCGAGAACCUCUUUCUGUUAUCAUCAUUGAACUCGAACCCGAAACUGAUUUU